GAAAUAAGCGCCCGAACACGGAGCGCUGCGAUUGGCUGAUCUUGAGCCAAUCAACGGCCGUCGUCUGGAUCCUUCCGCACGUUCGCCCAGUAUGAUUUUUCGGGCACGGACGCAUUCACACAGCCGAAAACGGAAAACGGACGGCCUAUUUCAAGCUUUGUGGCCCCCCUUUGGUGACCCGGAGCACCCGCCGCUGUCUUCUGUGCACCCAAGGAUCUCCCAGAUGUAGAGGGAGUUGACCUUUGCAGCUGCUGUCUACACAACCCCUCGUGGUGUCCACUGAAGUUGGCCAUCAUGCGCGAGUACAAGCUGGUGGUGCUGGGUUCAGGAGGCGUGGGGAAAUCCGCACUGACGGUGCAGUUUGUGCAAGGAAUCUUUGUGGAAAAGUAUGACCCGACAAUAGAAGACUCCUACAGAAAGCAAGUGGAAGUUGACGGGCAGCAAUGCAUGCUGGAGAUCUUGGACACGGCCGGAACGGAGCAGUUCACGGCCAUGAGGGACCUUUACAUGAAGAACGGGCAGGGUUUCGCUCUGGUCUACUCCAUCACGGCGCAGUCCACCUUUAAUGACCUGCAGGACCUCCGCGAGCAAAUCCUGCGAGUCAAAGACACCGAGGACGUCCCCAUGAUCCUGGUGGGGAACAAGUGCGACCUGGAGGGCGAGCGCGUGGUGGGCAAGGAGCAGGGUCACAACUUGGCCCGUCAGUGGAGCAACUGUGCCUUUUUAGAGACGUCGGCCAAAUCAAAGAUCAACGUGAACGAAAUUUUCUACGACCUGGUACGACAAAUCAACAGAAAAACGCCGAUGGAAAAGAAGGCCAAAAAGAAGGGCGGCUGCACUCUGCUCUAAAAAGGCCCCCCGCCGUGCACGCCUUCACCGAGUCAAGACUGCAGGAGUCACCAGCACCUGUUUGGAAAUCCUCUUUCUUUGCUCGUUUGUUUGUUUUUAAUGGACUAAGUUUGUUUCAGAGUCAUCGUGGAUGUUUUUUGGGUGAAUACGAAAAGGAGCCGUGUUUCCGAUAUAAAGUGUUCUUUUGUCCAUCUAAUUAAGCGUUGGCCUUUUUGCAUUUCUGAACUAACAGCGGCAAUGGCAACGCAGCAUUGUUCUCGACUUACGCUCCCACUUUGAUCAUAUUUCGCAAGUGACUUGGUUUUAUAAUGAGCUGCAAGCCUUACACGUCAUAUACUCGACUUCCGUUUUGCAUAAUAAAGCUGAGCUGAUGUUAAAGUUUUAAAGACUGAUGGUGGGGGUUGGGGGCUCCUUUUUAAAAAAUUUUUUUUUGCCCUGAAGAUGAAAACGCAUUGUACUAAAUCGCUUCAAAGAUUGUCCUGUUUGUCUUUUGGAAAUAUUAAAAUUACGUACAUUUUAA